UUGCGUGCGCAGUGAAUAACAGCAUAUGGUCGGUCUCUCUCUCUCUCUCUCUCUCUCUCUCUCUCUCUCUCUCACACACACACACACACACACACACACACGACUGUUUCCCAGCUAAACUCUGCAUUAUUCCGCUCACUGCAGCGACUGUGGAAGUGUCCAUCAGAAUGAUGCUCCUCACCCUGAUGCUUUUGACCUCUGCUUUGUCUCUCUGCUCAUCCUUGGAUGUCAACUCUAAACCAUGCUUGCGAGCAAAGUACAACAAUGCUCAUGCCACCUUCCUCAAGCGACAUCUGCCUGAUGGUGUACCAAAGACAUGGGACCAGAACGUGUGGAACGCACUGCUCAGGCAGAUAAAGACGUGCAACAGACCCACUCAGUCAUUUUUCCAUGAGAAUGACAGAGAGCGUGUGAACGCAGUAUGCACUAAAGCUGGUGGAAAGCAGCACUCCGGCAACCUGUGCAUCAGCAAGGAGAAAUUCUCCUUUGUGACGGUGCGUGUGAACGUGGACGAGGGAUUGUGUGGCAUUAAGCGCAUAAACAACGAGACCAAACACAUCAUCCUUGGGUGCGACGAGGUCGGGGACUCGUGUCGCCCUGUUCAUUUCGAGGGGAACCCGAACAGUCUGACACCCAGUAAUAAUCAGCCAGACUGUGGAGAACGCUCAGGGUCAAGCUCAGUUUUUAAAGCGGCCAUGUCCAAAAGCUUUCUAGUCUUCACUUUAGUAGCGUUGACUUACAUUUUGUAAUAUUGCAAAUCAUACUUACAAAUGUACUGGUUACACAUCAGUGUUAAAUAAACAGUACUGUAUUAACUAUCACUGAACUGUUACAGUAUUGGAUUAAGAGAGAUAGUGUCACAUUAGAAUAUGCUGUUUUGAGCAGACUCUUACAGAGUCUUAUUCUGCUCCAACUAUUAGUGUUAAUUCAACAGUGUAGGUACCAACUCAACAUGUCUCAAUUUAUCACGGAUUUUGCUAUGCAGCUUUAUCGUAUACUUGUGUACAAAUAUUAAGGCUGAGCUUUGUGAUCAAAUUAAGAGUAAAACAUUUUGACUAGCAGGCUGUUCUACCGAAAAUGAAAAAUAAAGCUAUAAAACAUUA